AUUUUUAGCGACCAGGUCGACUUGGUGUCCACCAGAUUAAUCUUAUUAGCGCUAUUCAUAUCGCGAACCUUGUAUCUUGUUUCCAACCACCUAGCGUAUCAAGCGUCUUUCGUGCCAAUCCGGCACAACUACUACUGGUCAAGAGCGAAUGGAGCGGAAUAGGAUCGUCUCCCGCACGCGCGCACGGGUCAUUUGUGUUCCAUGCCACGAGCGCAAGGUAAGGUGCGAUCUUCAAGACUCGCACAACAAGGUCUGCAGCAAUUGCCGCCGGUUGGAACAACAUUGCAUACCACGUCGAGGCCGUCGCCACAAGGGUCGCAUGUUGGCGGGUGAGCCGGCCGAUAUCUUCCGCCAGAGUGAUUCGAUGCUGCGAAAUGGGGCAGGAGAAUCCACUCCACCGGCAGGAUCCCCAAUCGUGGGAGACAGAGCAACGUCAGCUUAUCGCAAUCCCGGGUCUCGGAGCUUCAUUGCCUCAGAUUCUGUGCUCUAUGAGGCACCUUUGUCGGGCAAUAUCCCCUCCGCCUCAUCAUUAGAUGACUGGAAACAAAUAGAGCAACAACUUCAAGACCAUAGCCGUCGCAAUAUCACCGCCCAGGUUGGAGAGCCUUUGGGUCGGGCACUUUGUGAUUCCUUUGCCGAAAACCUUGGUCAUUGGUACCCCUUCGUUGACAUCUCAGAAAUUGAUCUCCAAACUUCGCCACUUCUAGGCAAAGCGCUACUUCUAGCGGGGAGUCUAACCCGACGCAUCGAGACAGUAGACGAUUUGCAAAUCCCAUAUGCGCUAUACCAACAAGCCAAGGAAAAGAUAAAUUCAAGCAGCGGUGAUGAUCCAAUGACUCUACUCCAGGCCAUCACUAUCAUAGCUUAUUGGAGUUUACGCCCGCCUUCUGUGGUGAGCUUAGAUGGACCCUGGCACUGGGCAGGCCUUGCCAUGCGGCUAGCUUUGCAAAUUGGUAUGCAUCGAGAGUCGACUUACUCUCGCCUCCAAGAUCCGGCCAGAUGCCGACUGAUAUGGUGGCACCUGAUGAAUAGCGAUGUCCUCCAGGCGGCGUGCUGGGGUAGACCAUGUCUGAUCCAGUUCUCGAGCCAAGAUGUACAACUCCCUCAACAAUUAGACCUCACGAAUAUUCCAUUACAGGCUUCUGAAGGGAUAACUCGACUGUUACUCAUUUUAAGAAAGGCAAUGGAGCUCGAAGUUUCGUCACCUUCUAGCACUGUGGCUGCUCUCAUCGACUGGCAUCGGGCGUUGCCUCUGCAACUGAAGCUACACAAUCUAGCCGGUACCCGCAACACGUAUGUUAGAGCCAUCAACGAAAUGUUCAUUAUGUAUUUCGCAAUCAUCAUACAUGUGUUAUUCCGCCAUGAUCUGGACAAAGACCGGCGUCCCCGAGCGUCUCCGACGACAAUUGUUGCGUCCUCCUGCAUGAUUCGGCUUUAUGAAGAAAUGUAUUAUCACGAGCAUGCCGCUCGGCUGGGAUCCGUUCACGGAUUCUUCCUUAUGCUGGCAGCAAUCCCGCAGAUUUUCCAUCGCACUCAGAUCGCAGAAAAAGAAACGUUGCGCGAAAAAGAACUGGACCUCAUAUGUGCUAUUCUGAAGCACCUUCGUGUCAAAUUCGGCGGAUCCAAUAUGGUUUUGAACAGGAUCUUGAGGCUCCGCGCAGAGUCACAAUCUAAUGCAGGACAAGAUUCGGUGGCUGAUGCCUAUAGUCCUGCUGGGGGAGUCUCUGCGGAGGACCCCAUCGAAGGGGUGGACCAGUUAUUCCCGUUUCCGGCGGACUUCUCUACUAACCUCGAUCUUCUGCAACAUGGCGAGUCCGUUGGCGAAUCUCACGAGGAUGUCAUGAUUGAUGUACUAGCUUUCGAGAGCUCCCUGAUUGAUUGGUCAAUGGAUAACUCCUCUAACUUCCAUGCCAUGACUGCAGCUGACUUUCCCCUGUCGGCAAUGUCGGCUUAAGAUCAAAGUUUAUAUCAAUUUUUAAACGCCGGCUGUCCUGGGAUUUGGCCACUCUCAGCCAGGUUUCCCGUUUGAAAAAAUUAUUGAUUACAUAUAUUCAGACUCUGUAUCAUCGCAA